AUGGCUGCUGAAGGAGGGGGAGCCGAGCCCGUGGUCCGCUCCAGGAUGGAGAACUUCCGAAAGGUGAGGACAUCAGAGCAGGAGAUGCCCUUGCCUUUCCCCGACCUGCCCCCGGACGUGGUGGAGAUGAAAGUGAAGGAGGGCAGCAAGAUCAGGAACCUGAUGAACUUCGCCAUGGCCCAGCUGGAGCUGAAGGGCAGGAGGCAGAUCGUCUUCAGCGGCUGCGGCCGCGCGGUCACCAAGACCAUCACCUGCGUGGAGAUCAUGAAGAGGAAGCUGGGGGGUCUCCACCAGGUCACCAAGGUGCGCUACAAAACCCUGCUGGAGGUCUGGGAGAACCAGGACCCGCUGCCCGGUGGCUCGGCGCAGAACCUGACCGUCCACAAGAACGUCCCUUCCAUCUGCAUCCUCCUCUCCAGAGACCCUCUGGACCCCAACCAGACGGGCUACCAGCCCCCCGAGCCCCGGCCCGGCCUGGGGGUGCAGCUCAGCCAGGUCAAAGAGACAUCCAGCUCCUCCACCAAGGGGCUGAAGCGGCCCCUGCCACCUCCCCACGAGGACCUGCUGACCAAGAAGUUGCAGGUGGAGGUACCCGACAGCCUGGGGGGCUCAGGGACCACUGGCCACCCACCCGACUGCCACCACUGA